GAAACGGGGCCUUCGGGGCGAACGGAAAUGGGCGGCGCGUUGGAAACGGCGGCCGAAGGAAGGCGGCCCCGGUGCGGCCCGCAGCCGCGAGAUGGCGCGGUACAUGCGACGCUGCUUUUGACGUUCGCAUAUGAGUUUUUUUUGGUUGCCUCCACUUUGAAAACGGCAGGAAGUGAUUUUUCGUAGCGCGCCGCUCAGUCCACGUACGAACGAUCGAGGAUGUGCCGUGCGGUGUUAGCCGCGACGCGAGCCGUUCGACUAAUCGGUAUUUCGAUUUCGAGUACGUAGUACUUGGCCCCGUAGCGAGGCGCGCACGAGGUCCCGCGAUUGGCCAGUUUACGAAAACGACGAUGGCUCCGUGAGGAGAGGAGAACAUGGCUGCGACGCAAGCCGAGAGCCAACAAAACGAUGUGAAGCUGAACGAGUCCGUGAAAUGCGCACAGAAGCGUACGCAAGUCGGUGGGAAUAGUGCGAGUGCUAGUGCGAAGCAGCAGCUGGAUUCCGAGCCGGACGAUAAAGUGUCCCGGGGCGCGGCCCAGCUGCUUAAAUAUGUGAAUCGCGGCGGGGACACGACGGGCUACGACAUGAGUCAAUACCGCGAGGACAUUGGCGGACACACUGCCGCCGGUGAGGUAAAAUCGCCGCGCGAGGUCGGCCAGCCGGUCCAGGAGCCCGUCGGCAAGCAGGAGACGCACGACGCGCCCGGCCACCCGGGCCACCCGGGCCACCCGUACGCGCCAAACGUGAUACGCGACUACCCGGACGAGUACAGCAACAACAAGUCCGGCGAGUUCGCCGCGGCCAAGUCGCUCGCCGACUACCCGCCCGGCAAGCAGCUCCCGGACUACGUCGCCAAGCACACGGACUUCCCCGCCAAGCAGCUCGACUAUCAUGGUAAACACUUGAUGCACGACACCGAGCGGACCCACCGGGCCGAGAUGGAGGAGCACUACUCCACCUCCAAGAUCGAGUCGAGGCUCUACGUCGGUGCCGGCGCACCAAACUUCUCCGGCCAGCAGAGGUUCCUCUCGGGCCAGGGUAUGUCCCAGACCGCCGGCCCCACGCCUACCCUCAACCAGUUGCUGCAGGCGUCCACGCCGGUCCAUCGGUUUCACGGCAAUUACCCGGGAAUGGGGCCCGACUAUCAGCAGCCGUGGCCCAUGCAGAGGCCGCCGGUCGUGCCCCCGGUUUAUCCCCAGUCCGGCCAGCGUCCUCCGCAGACGGGCUCGCCGAGAUUACACACGGGGCCAGGGGCCCAGAGUUCUCCGACACCCAUGCAAUAUCAACAGUACACCCAGCGAUAUUCCUCUCCUACGAGACCGCACGCGCCCUACAGUCAUCAUCAGCUAAACUCUUAUACGACGCAAACCAGUCAUCCCUCAAGCCUGUACACGGAACAAAGGGGGUGGAACCAAGGCGGUCCGCCGAAUCCGCCUCCACCGCCGAGUAAUCAGGUCACCCCGUCGGGUCAGUCGCCACAGCGUGCUUUGUCUCAGUCCCCGGCUCCGCCGCCUGCUGCGUCACCGCAGCCGCAGGCCACCGGCCAGUCCCAGGCUUUCCACAAUAUGCAGCAGCGAGCUACAACACCAAAUACUCAAGGAAUUGACUCUGGGGAGCUAUCAGGACAGAAUAGUAACGACAGUUCGAAUGGACCAGCCUGCCCAGGGACACCGAACUCUCAGGGGAUGAGACCUACCCCGUCACCUACAGGAUCCACAGGUUCUCGCUCGAUGUCCCCUGCUGUUGAUCGCCCUGCGCAGGAUAUCCCAGAGACGCGGGAGCGCUCUUUCGCAUUCUCGAAUCGACUCCUCCCUGGGAAGGAAGUCACGCCUCGCGCUAACCUUCCGACGGAUCUGGGAUGUCCUGCGCAGCACGCUCAAUGCCAACAAAACGUUCAGAUGCCUCCACGUCCGUCGAGUAGCCAGUCGGAUGGUAGUGGACCAGCACCGCGCAUGAGUCACUCUCCUAUGACCACUCAGGGCGGUUACCAGCAACCAUUGGGUCCUUCGCCACACAUGCACAGCUACAAAAUGAACAGCACUGGUCCUGGUGUAGUCCAACCGGGACCCGGCUCGACGGCUCUCGGUGGGAUCAGCCCGAUGGGUGGUGGGAUGGGCUACGCGGCCGGCGGAACUGCCGCGGGUCAGCCCGGAGGUUAUCAUGCGCAGUCCACGUACGCGCCUCCGCGUCCUCACAUGCAGUUUCCGCAGGGGUAUCCGACGCCGGCAAACUCGCAACCACCACCCAACAAUCAGUAUCAGCCUCCCAACAGACCCAACAACUUGGUACAAUAUCCACCGUACGCGCAUAAAAUGGGCUUCAACAGCGUGCCACCGGGAAUGCCACCGAGUCCGGGACCGCCGCAGGUUUACGGCGCUGGCGGCACGACCACGAUGGUACCACCGGGUACCCCCGGUGUGCCCGUCAUCGGUAACAUGGGACCGCCGGCGAGCUCCAUGGGCCCGCCACCACCGUCUCCUAAUCACAUAAGUAACCAGCCGCCACCGCCCACCAGCUCGGCGGUGCCGCACUUACACACGCCGGCGGCCACGCCGCCCCUCAAUCACGAGGGCAGCCCGAUGCCACCGCCGAGCACAACACCGAACUCGCACCCCGCGUCGGCGCCGACACCCACCAGUCACAAUUCCGCGGAUCUCACGGCUGAGACUUCCAACGACAGCGGUAUAACCACGACCGCAUCAGGUACGUCAGCUAUAAAUGUCAUAUCUACUUCGAGUGGUACUGUGACGUCUGUAAUAACAACAGGUCCAGACGGCACGUCUCUGGAUGAAGGUUCGCAGCAGUCGACGUUAUCUAACGCAUCGGCUGCCUCUGGUGAAGAUCCAGCGUUUACACCAAAAGUGCGGAAGGAGAUGAUAGGGGGAUACCACAGCCAUCCUGCGACACCGCAGAGCACUGUCCCGUCUCCUGGCGCUGCUAGCAUUAAUUCGAUUCACGAGGAAUAUUCCGACAUGAACAGUCCUGGUUGGCCGCGUACUCCUGCUAGUCCUGUGUUUAACAGUCAUGUGCCUCAAGACCCGUACAGAUCUAAGAAGACAGAUAGUCUGGCAAAGUUAUACGAAAUGGACGACUCGAUAGAACGAAGAACCUGGCUGGACAAGCUGGUCAACUUUAUGGAAGAGCGAAGAUCACCGAUCACCAGUUGUCCUACCAUCUCCAAGAACCCCCUCGACCUAUUUCGGCUUUACCUCUACGUGAAGGAGAGGGGGGGCUUCAUGGAGGUAUGCAAGGUGACGAAAAACAAGACGUGGAAGGAUAUAGCCGGCCUGUUGGGCAUCGGUGCGAGCAGUAGCGCUGCUUACACACUGCGCAAGCACUACACGAAGCACCUGCUGGCAUACGAGUGCCACUUUGAUCGCGGGGGUGUGGACCCGCAGCCCAUCAUCAAUCAGGUCGAGGCGGGCUCGAAGAAGAAGGGAUCCAAGGGAACUGCUUCCGUACCAUCGCCGGGUUCUUCCAAUUCCCAAGAUUCCUUUCCCGCUGCUGGAUCGAGCAACGCUUCCAUGGACGGCUAUGGAAGCUACCAGGGUAGUUACGCGGGCGGCACACCCGGUGGCCCGUCGUCGGAGUACACGCCGCCGCCGCCCAGGCCACCCAGUCAAAGCAGCGCACCCUCCGCCCAUCAAGGGAUACAGCAGGGUAGUUACCAGAACACGGGCUCCUACCAGAACUAUCCGCAAGAGCAGUACAUUCGGCCGCAGGGAAACGCGCUGUCUCAGCAAGGGGAGUUCAGUCAACCGUACUCGCCUAGAUCGCAUUACCCUCCAUACGUACCGGAUGUCGACAGGGGAUACCCGGGUGGUAACAUGCCGCCGAACAACGCUACUGGACAGGACAUGUACAACAGAUACACCGGCGGUCAGCAAGGUCCCGCUAGCUAUCCCACGGGAACGCCUCCUAACGCGCGGAGCAACAGCUACCCGGCGGGACCGCAGGCUCAUCCGGCUGCUGUGCAACAGCAGACGGCGACCAGCCAGCCUUCCUCGCCCUCGCAACCGCCGACCGUGUCGUCGUACUCGUGUCCGCAAGACUACUAUCGACAGGAACAAAGUGGAUACGGAGCGCCCGGUGGAACUCAAAUAUACACUGCGAGCGGAGCGGCUAACAAGAACAUGCCGCCGCCCCCUCCGGGGCCCACUCAACCCAGACGCCACCCAGACUUUGCCAAAGACCAACAGUAUCCCCAGUAUAAUCAGCAACGACCGGCGUAUCCAGGAUGGCCAAAUACAUCUAAUCAGUACAAUAGUAAUAGUGGAAACAACAGGGUUCAGUACCCGAGCCAGCAGGCGCCGUCGCCAUCGCAGCAACCGCAACCGCCGCAGCCGCAACAAGGAGUCACCCAAGUCGUCACCCCUGCCCCGACCGCUCCAGCGGUGGUCGGCGGUAUGCCUAGUAGUCAACAAUGGGCCAGCCAGCAAUCGAACAGGCCCGCACCCCAACCGUCUCUCAACACUAUACCGCAUCCGCCUCCACCGUGGGAUCAUCGCUACACGAAUCAACCGUCCCCUUUGUAUCCAGCACCCGGGAGUCAUCAGAACCAGCUCGGAGUGAAUCCCAUGAUCAGCCAGCAACCGACGUCAAAGAGAGAAAUGACAUUCCCUCCUGACAGCGUAGAAGCGAUCACGCCUCUUUUGUACAAGCGACGAAAACUGACGCGCCCUGACGUGGCGCCAGUGGAAGCUUGGCGCAUCAUGAUGGCUUUGAGAUCGGGUCUACUCGCCGAGAGCUGCUGGGCCCUCGACGUAUUAAACAUUUUAUUAUUCGAUGACUCUUCUGUAAGUUAUUUCGGAUUGACACACCUACCCGGACUACUGGAUGUUCUACUCGAACACUUCUCGCGUUCUCUCUCCGACAUGUUCGAAUCAUGUGUAAACGACGACGAUCGCUAUUGCCAGGCCGCAGAUGGUCCGGAGGUAGACCUCGGCGCGGUGACGCGCCCGAUCGAUUCGGAAGACCGGACGAAAUUGCUGUCUACAUCGAAUUAUACGUAUCUCUCGAGGAGAGGACGCCCCGUCAAGAUCGUCUCUCGGGACGACGAUCUGUUCGUUCUGGACACGCGGAGGCCUUGGGAUCAUCAGGAGUGCGAGUCGGAAACCGAGCCGUGGCAAGUCGACACAAACGCGACCAAAUAUAUCGUCACGUGUUUUCAGUCUGAAAUGGGCUCGGUGCCUUUCGCCCGUUUGCUAAGGGACGAGAAACCGCCUCUGUUGCAAAAGGAAGUCGACAGCACGGAUUUGAAGGACGAAGCCAAAGCGGACAGCGUCAGUGGUGUCCACGAGACGCUUGACUUUUCCCACAAGUCCGGCGAGCUCUGCGACAAGCAAUCUAGCAAGGAUAGUGGCGAGCGCAAGCAACAGCAACAACUAGACAAGAAGAAGAAGACAAAGACUCUGAGCGACGUGCUGUCGAGGAUCAAGAAGGAACCCGUAGAGAUGAACGAUCUCACGAGGGAGCUGUUUGAGAAGAAGAACGACGGCUUCAAGAAAGAUUGCGACAGCGAGGUGACGAAAGCAAACAACAAUAUGGGCGAGCACUUUGGCAGUGAUGUGUCAAAGAACGAUGAGGACUCGUUGCCGACGCAGAAUGGACUGAAUGAAUCAACGGCAGCGACGACAGCGACGGUGACGACGACAGCGACAGCGACAGCGACAGCGAUAACGACAGCAACGGCGGCGGCAAGCAACAUCGACAACGCCGUAGACAAAAAUGUCGAGAUCAAGACGGAAACGACGGAAGAGAACGAACUGGGAACGACCAGAGACGACAAGGAGGGACCAAGAUUAAACGUAAGAGAUCCGGCAGGAACACUAAAGCGACGGAGGAUAAGCGACUACGAGGACGAGAGCUACUCGAGGGACGAGGCGAGUCUCUACCUGGUGACGGAGACGCAGGACAACCUGGCCCGUCGUUGCGUGUGCCUGUCGACGAUCCUGAGGAAUCUCACCUUCAUCCCCGGCAACGAGGCGGAAUUCGCAAAGAACGUGACGUUCCUCAGUCUACUCGGCAAGCUGUUGUUGCUGCACCACGAGCACCCGGUACGGGCGCAAAAGACGCGCAAUUACGACCGCGAGGAGGACGCGGACUUUGCGGACUCGUGUAGCAGUUUACAGGGCGAGGGCGAGUGGUGGUGGGACUUCCUCCAUCACGUGAGGGAGAACGUUCUCGUGAUGGCCGCCAACAUAUCCGGCCACAUGGACCUGAGCCAGCAUCCGGAGGAGAUCUCGCGGCCGGUGCUCGACGGCCUCCUGCACUGGGCCGUGUGCCCGGCCGCCCACGGUCAGGACCCCUUCCCGACGGUCGGCCCCAAUUCCUCCCUGUCGCCGCAGAGACUCGCGCUCGAGGCGCUGUGCAAGUUAUGCGUGACCGAGUGCAACGUCGACUUGGUGGUGGCGACGCCGCCGUAUUCCCGCUUGCAGAGACUAUGCUCGGUGCUGACCAGGCUCCUCUGCCGCAGCGAGGAGCAGGUGCUGCGCGAGUUCGGCGUGAAUCUGCUGCACUUCCUCUCGGCGGCGGACAGCGGCGUCGCGCGCACCAUCGCCCUACAGACGCCCUGCGUCGCGCUGCUCGUCGCGUUCAUCGAGCAGGCCGAGACCAGCGCACUCGGCGUCGCUAAUCAGCACGGUCUCGCCGCUCUGCGCGAGAAUCCCGAAUCGAUGGGCACCAGCCUCGACAUGCUGCGACGCGCGGCCGGCACGCUGCUCAACCUCGCAAGGCAUCCGGACAACCGAACUCUCCUCCUGCAACACGAGUCCCGCCUGCUCGCCCUGGUCAUGAGCCAGAUCCUGGAUCAGCAGGUCGCCGCGAUAGUCGCGCGUGUGUUGUUCCAGUGUUCGAGGGGUACGUAACUCUCUGUCGUCGGUCGGGACACUGGUACGCGAUUCGCGCGGGUAUGUUAACAGUGCCGACGGUCACGAUGACGCUGAUGAUGAUGAAAAUUAUGAUGAUGCGUAAGAUGCACGCGACAACGACGACGUUGCGUACGAACGGCUGUAGUGCGUUGAAAAGGCGGACGUGCAGGGAAAGUGGGAGACAGAUAUAUGUGACGGAGAGAGGCGAGUGACGAGGCGGGAAAGGAACAGAGAGAGAGAAAGACACGCGCACGACGUGAUAAGAGUGCACGAGUGAAGGGACAAAAGUGCUGAUGAAAAGCCAUGGCAGCGCAGUUGUAGUUUUAUAUCGAUUAAACAGGAAGUAAGAAAGUUUAAUUAUUGGUGUUAGCGUAGGUAUACCCGAUGCGAUCUCCGCCCGUUGGUAUACCUUCCCCUUCGAAGAAUUGGAAUAAUAUCGAUAGUGUAAGAUAUUUCAUAGUUAAUGAAAGAAAAAAAUGGUAUACACACGUACACAUAGAGAGAGAAAGAAAGAGAGAGAGAGGGACACACACAUACACAUAUACGCAGUCUCACACAGAUACACACAGGGACAUACACUUGCAGUAUACUUGCAAAGUAUACACGGGACACGGAUGCAAACACACGUGCAUACAACACGUGGCACACGCGACAUGCGCGCGCGUGCAACCGCGCGGACACGACACGGCAAACACUUAUUAUAUAUACAUAUAUAUAUAUAUAUAAUAUACACGUACGCACACGUACACAUGCAUACGCAGUAAGAAAAAGAAAACGGACUUUCAAGAGACAACGGUCAGCUGCAUAAUAAUAUAUAUACCAAGAAUCAUGUCGGCGAACCUUAAUGGUGCGAUGUGGAAUGAUAUAUCGGAAUGAUAUAUAUAAAUAUUAAACGAUAAUAUAAUGCAAAUUUUUAUAUUUGCAUGUUUUGUGCUGUAAUUAGCGAGUAAUUAAGAUAUUUUGUAGAUAACACACUUCCAUUUGAAUCUUAUUCGAUUUUCGUGCUGCGGCUACGGUGGCGCAAAUAUAUACGUUUGCGGCUGUAAGGUUGCCGCGUGAGGUCUCGAUUUUAGAAGCACAGGCAGAAACUAGAACUGAAGAAAGACAUUGCUAGAAGAGAAGAAAAAAAAACUAAUAUACGUGUGAUAAAGCCGCUGAUUGAGAGGGAAGAGUUAGCAGAGAGAACGAGAGCGUGAAAGCGUGAGCGGGAGAGAAUUAAGGAGCGAGGAAGCGUGCAUGCGUGCGUACAUGUUUAUGUAUUUGUGUAUUGCGUGCAUGCAUGUAUGUAUCUAUGUAUGUAUGUAUAUGUUAGAGGCUGCGAGAGGAAGGGAAAGAAAGGAAGGGAUGGAAAGACGGAAAGAGCGGGAUGACGAGAGGGGAGAGAGAAGGAUUGAGAAAAAAACGAUCGGGACAGUCCGUGCUCCGUCGGGGGACGGAGAUGCUGCGAGCCCUCCUUUAUUCUCAAAAAUCGCCCGGACCCCGGUAACCGGUCCCCUCUAUUCUGGGGAAUCCCCAUUCGGUACUCUUGUCUUUUGCAGCGCCGGAACGCCGUCGUGUCGUCCCGUUUCCAAUCGCUUUACCCAUUCUGCGGCACGGUAACGUGGCCAAGUUACCGAGUGCAACGUAAAACGGAAGCGAGAGAGGAAUUCCAGUUUACAGGGGGAAGAGACAGCUGUUUCAGAAUAGAGAGGGGAUUCCGGAGUAGACAGAACCUGGGUCGACAGAACAGCACAUGUCCGCCUGGACGUGUGCACGAGAGAGAGAGAGAGAGGUGUGUGCGUGUCUAAUAUGUUGCGCGCGAGUGCGAUACGUGCGAUACGGGGGGAGGGAAUGGCUCCAUAUGUGCGCGUAUUAAUAUAAAAGAUGACUUUAGAGAGAGAAAGGAGAAAAUGCGUGCGUGUGUGCGCCGCGUGUAUGUAUGCACGGAGGAUGGGGGUGCCGGUAGAAAAAGGGGUGGGGACAGUGUCUGUGAAAAGAGAAAAAACACAAAUAUAGCUUGCGAAACUAAGUAACUGAUUAAUUUAGGUAGUCACUUCAAUUACCGUUUAAUUUCGCAGUAAUCACUUGAAUUCCUUAGAUUUCACACUUUCGGUAAAUGUUUUCUUUUCCUUUUUUUCUUUUUUUCUUUUUCGAUGGCUUCCUUUCCGAAGAGAGAUUUGAAAGUAGCGAAUCUAACUGCAGUCUUUUUGGAAUAAACGUAUUUAUAAACGUAAUUAAACGCCGUUGUGAUAACAAAAGGAAAAAUAUAAAGAAAAAAGGAACGGAGAGGCGGAAGAUGAAAAACCAACAUUGUAGAAGCAGACGAAACUGAUUCUGGGCGAUAAUGUAGAAACGAAUAUAUUAAAAAAAAAGAUAAAGCAAGAAGAUUUUUAAAUUUAAGCUCGAUCGUGCCAUUAAACGAUUCUAAUGGGAAUAUAUUUAUAACCAAGAUUUUAUGCUUUUUCAAAGCGCGCAUAUACGUUAUUGUAAAACUAACAAAUACCGAUUGUCAGCUUGCACAUAUUUUGACGAUUCUUACGAUACAUACAUCUAAUUGUAAACUCCCACUCUCACGAACAUUUACGCAGCAGUUGCAAGGAAAAGAAAAACUGAGAGAGAGAGAAAGAGAGCGAGAGAGACAGAGAGAAAGAGAUAGACAGACGCAUUGGAACUCGUCAUCGCACACCUUCCACUGGUAUACUUCCUCGUUUCGUAGAGAGAAUGAAUUUAAGAGAGACGGAAUGACGAUUUAGUUUUCACAUACGACGUGUAGCCGUUUAAAACGACUCGAAUUCUUGCGAAGACAUACGAUUUAGAAGCGUGUUGAAAUAAGUUAAACAGAACACUUUCCCUGGUCCCAGCUUCUCCCCGACCCUAAAGUAUCCUAUUCUAUAGAUAUCUAAAUACAUGUAGUUCUUAAAUUAUUUACUUUAGUUCGAGUGGAGAUGCCUGUAAGUGUAAUUUACUAAGACUUUUUGUAAAUAAAUUAUGAAAUAAACUAGACGUACUUUAUCCAAGA